AAUAAUUUUGAAUAUUAAUUAUAUGUCUCAUCGUCGUCAUCAUCUGCAGAAUGGCGUCCAAAAAGAAAUGAAUGCAAACAGAAAUAGCAUAAACGUCGACCAACCAAGCCAAACAAACCAAAAUCGUAAAAUAUGUUACAGUUUAAAUUAGCUGAAAGAGAAACAACAAAUAGUUUGGUCAUGGGUCAUUAAUGUGUUUGGCUGUGGCGCCAUCAGCUACAAUUUUCAAUACUAUAAAAUCAAGAGACGAUUUAGUUAGAUUAUCAUUCUCACUUUACAGUUCAAACAAAUCGAAUAGUUCGCGGUGGAAUAAUGCGUGCCUUCAUCGUAUUGUCGUUUGUAGCUGUGGCAUGUGCCCAGUACAAUUAUCAACCAGUAUCUUCGGGUUCGGAUAACUUGGCAGGUGUUAAUGGUGGCUUAGUCUCUCCAUCUUCCAAUUUACCCAGCGUUGCUGCUCCAGAAAUCGAAAAGGAAUUCUUCACCUACACCGCCAAUGACAAUGACUUCAACGAUGCUUUCGAUCCUCAACAGGCUGCCAAUAAUUUGAAGAAGGGUAUUCGUGUCAUUUUCAUCAAGGGUCCCGAGAACAAGGGUCUUGAAGAUGCUGCCGUUGCAUUGGCCAAACAAUCCGGCGAACAAAAGACUGCCAUCUAUGUGCUCAAUAAACAGGCUGACAUUGGCGAUUUGGCUAACAAACUUAACAACCUCAACACUGGCAAUAACCAAAGACCCGAAGUCCACUUUGUUAAGUACCGUACUCCCGAAGACGCUGCCAAUGCACAACGUGCCAUUCAAGAGCAAUAUAAUGGUUUGGGUGGUAAUACUAGAACUGUUAAUGGUGGCGUUGCUCCAGUCUUGAACUUUGCUUCCCAAGCCCCUGCUGCCAGUUCAGGAUCAUCAAACUACGCUACUGCCCCAUCCAACAGCUACAUUCCCCCAGCUGCUGCCACACCAUCUGCCAGCUAUAUCCCUCCAGCUGCAGCUACCCCAUCUGCCAGCUAUAUUCCCCCAGCUGCUGCUACCCCAUCAGCCAGCUACAUUCCCCCAGCUGCUGCUACACCAUCUGCCAGCUAUAUUCCCCCUGCAGCUGCUACCCCAUCAGCCAGCUACAUUCCCCCAGCUGCCAGUGAGCCAUCCAGCAACUACAUUCCUCCUCCAGUACCUGUUGAUGAACCCAGCACCAAUUACUUGCCUGCUUCCAUUCUUCGUCUGUUCCGCCUUUAAAGUGCCAACUUUGGCCCAGAGGCAAUUGUUAAGACUGAAUCGAAUCAAAAACUGAUAAAAAAAUCCAUUUCGUGUUUUGUUCUUUAUGAACGUUGUUGUUAUUUUUGC